AAAACAAUAUCGAUUCAAGUCCGGCUUUGAGUUAAUUCGCAUCUUUCCCCUAAUGGUAGUGAAUAUGAACAAAAAGCACGUGUCCCGCAAGCUGAAAUCGGCCUGGCGCAAACACAUCGACAUCUCGGAUGUGGACCAGUUCCUCGAGGAGCAGCGGCAGGAUGAGCGCAUCGGGGGCCGGAUCGCGGACAAGCCCGACCGGGAGCUGUUCAGCGAGGAGAAGCGACCGGCCAAGGUGAAGGCGACGCUGCGCGAGCUGCGCCGGAACAAGUUUGGCGAGCUGCCCCGCUCGCUGCUGCCGCUCGUCAACACAUCGAACGUGAGCGAUCCGGUGGUGAAGCGCAACGUGAAGAAGAGCCGGGUGACGCUCGCCCCGGUCGCCCCGGUAGCGUCGGUGCGCUUCCGCAAGAGGGGCCGCCCGAGCGGCAUUGCGAAGCCCGCCCAGGAGGACCUGUGGGCGAAGGAGACGCCCGUGCCCGGCGAGCUGCAGAACGAGUGGAUCGCGAAGGAGCUGGUGCAUCACACGCUCGCCCACACGGGCAAACCGCUCGUGACCAACCUGCCCGCCCGGAUGGACCCGGAGCAGCGGCGGGUGCCGCUGCGCAAGCGACUACCGGCCGAGGGGCUCAGCUACAAUCCCGCCAUCGACGACUACCUCGAGCUGAAGGACAAGCUGGUGAAGGAGGAGAAGAAGAUCAUCCGGCACGAGGAGCACCUCGACCGGGUGCUGACGAGCAAGCUGGGCAAGAUGACGCCCGAGGAGCGGUACCGCACGGCGAUCAGCGAGAUGUCCGAGGGGCUGCUCAAACCGGACAAGAAAAACGAACCGGAGGAGGAGGAGGAUGAAAAGAAAAAGGAUGAAGAGGAGGAGGAAAAGCCGGUAGUGGUGGCGAAGGCCAAGAAGCGCAUCUCGAAGGCGAAGAAGCGGGCCCGCAUGCUGCAGCACAAGGAGGAGAAGCUGCUCGAGCAGGAGCUGCACAAGCUGGUCGAGAUCGACCGGGUGGAGGAGAUCGCGGCCGAGGUGGAGCAGGAGGUGCAGCAGACGCAGCGCAAGGCCGAGUACCGGGUGCGCAAGCGGAAGGCGAUGCGCACCAAGCUCGACCUGCCGAUCGACUUUGUCGAGCCGGAGAAGCUGUCCGGCAGCCUGCGCACGAUCGAGCCGCUGAACAAUCUGCUCGCGACCGGCCUGCCGAAGGUGCGCAAGGUCAGCAUCCUGAAGCGGACGCGCGCCGAGGUGGAGCGCAAGAUGCGCCGCAUCCCGACCAAGCGGUACACGCGCAGCUCGCACAAGGAGCCGAUGCUGCCCCCGACCAAGCCGGCGAAGCGCGCGAAAUGAGGCGGAAAGCGUGCGGGCGUGGGCAAGGCAACAUUUGAUAAGGUCAACUUUUUUUUGCUUUUUUUUUGUAAGUCAUUUUUUAGUUGGGUGUUUCUAUCAACGAAAGCAGGCAAUAGGCAACAUGGUAUCAGACCAUGCCCCCCUAUCGAACAGAAUGUAGGAAUUGCUUUUGAAACCCACCAGCUGCUUUAAAAUAAUCUACCCAAAAUAGUACCUUUGCGGGCUUGAU